AUGCUAAUCUUUAAUGGACUCAAUGUAUCACUGAGUAAGGUGGAUGCCACCACUAGCGCCAGCUCCAGCUCAAGCUCCACCCUAACGAAACAACAUGAGGUUGAGUUAAUGGAGGGUAGCAGUAAGGUUAGUGAAGUAGCAGUAGUGGCUGCUAUAGAUGUUUUAAAUAUUAGACAUGAACGUUCCAAACAACGAAGACAUUCCACAUCUACUGAAAAAGAGCAACAGCUGCAGCAGCCACAACCACAGUUACAUUCAACAAGAACAUUGUAUGAAAACAGUCCGGGGAAUAAGGAAUUGCAUUUACAACAUAAAACUGAUGACCAAAAGGCUAUAACUAUCAGAAACAUUGAUGAGGAGCUGACAAAACGGGAAUUGAACAAAUUUUCAACAAAUUUUCAUUCAUCGCAUGGUAAUGAUGAGAAUGCUGAUGCUGAUGCAAACUCCCAGCUAGAUACAGAUGGCCUCGUUAUUGCAACUGACAUUGAUGUUGUUAACAAUGUUACAAGACAUUUGAAUAAUGCAAAUGAUGUAACUGUUGCCAAAGGCAUUGGUUUCAGUACCAGCAACAGUGAUACCAGCAACAUUCACAGCAUCUUUCAGGCCACAGUGGCAACACAUCAUUUAACACCUUCUGCUCCAGUGGCCACCACAACUCUGAAAGCUGUGACCCACAAAAUACGAAAAUUGCAUAAAAAGAAAAUUGUAGAGAGUUUGCGACAAUUGAAUAUUGACAAAUUCAAUACAAAUGGUGGUCAUUUGACCAAAAAUCAUCAUCGUAGUUUGCUAGAAGCCGAACAGCUACAACAGCAAGCUCAAAUGCAGGACACAAGUAAAAAUAUUCCCAAAACAGCAGACGACAGUCAACAGUUGCAACAGCAAAAAGAAGAACAACAAACAUCAACUGUUGCAAGCAUAGAUGAUGCCGACAGCAGCAGUCAUCAAGUGGCCAAGGAGGUGGUGGGUGAGGAGGAGGGCGAAGUGGUGCUAAAUGGAGAUAAAACUGAUAUGGUCACAAAUGAUAUUGACACUAAUGAAAGUGUAAAUGAUGGUGAUUUGCCAGAUAUAAUGGAUAAAUAUGAUGGUGUUGAUGAUGGUGACGAAGAAGAUAAUGACGAUGAUGAUAAUUUGUCUGAUGUAUUCUAUCAAAAUGAUGAGAAUGUUUCGAAUCUCAAUGAUGACGGGGAUGAUGAGGCUGAUGAUAAUGAUGAGGCUGAGGCUGUCGAUGGUGGCGUUGAUGAAUUGUUUGCCACAACUCUUCGUUCUCUUUUGGAUGACAAAUUUGAUAAGCAAUUUAAAAACUUCUCCUCUGAAUUCAUUAAGGACAUUGACAACAAUGUGGAUUUGGAUGAUAACGAAACGGAAAAUGAAAAUUUAAUAACAUCCUGGCAACAUAUUAAAGAUUUGAAAUUUAAACCUUUAAAUCUAUCAAGCAGCUCGUCAACUUACUCUCUGCUUACCACUGCAAAUCUUAUAAUUAACUCGACCGAGGACUCCUCUAAUAUAUCCUUCACCACGGAAUUUCCCUAUGAUUUUCCUUUCUCCUCUGAAGAUCAUUCGCUUGAGCCAUUACACUCAGCCAGCACUAGCCAAGGCAGUAUUCAUUUUGAGCAUCAUCAAGCUUCUUUCUACGAUAAAGAUGAAAUUAACUUCAAUGAUUCUUCAGACUUGGCUCAGGAUGAUGCCUCCUCAUCUUCUAAAGAUCUGAUAAUGGAUGAGGCAGUUAUGGAAGAUGGUGAUGAUGACAGUGGUCAUGCCAAUGGUUUUCCUUUAAGUAAUUUGGAUGAAUCUGACUCUGAUACGGAUACGGAGACAGAAGGUCUUUCAGAGGUGGCUGGUGAUGAUGAAACCAAUCAUUUUCUGGAGGGUGUGGUGGAUGCUGCUAAUUCGGAAGAGAUUUACGAUUGGGAUGAGAUAUCGCGUAGCAAUCGUCGUGAUUUAAUGCACGGUCGUGACGUGGUAACGAAAUUUCUGCAAAUUGUCGAAACGCAACAUUCGCUCGGUUCGAAUUGUGAGGCCGGAACGUCGUUGAAUUUGGGCGAGGGCGUGGUCGAUCGUUAUGCACAGGAUCGUUUUCGCGUCGAAGCAGAGGUGGCUGUAAAUCGUGCCAAUAUGUUGACCAGAAUUUUUAAAAUGACUUCAGCAGCUGCACAGGCCGAUGUGAAUCUACUGCAUGCCUCUGUUUUAUCAAUGGUCGAAUUUGAUGAUGAUAUUUUUGCUGCUGGCAAUUGUUUCGAUUGGAAUGAACAUCCCUCUCAGCCAGGUCUGUUUUGUCCAUUUGCCUAUCGUUUGCCGCCACCCAAUUUGGGUGCGAUUUUAGCUAAAGACUUAGCAAUGGAAUAUCAUUAUUUGGGCAAUACGUCCGAAUGGUUUUUUCAGGCGCGAAAAAAUGCUGAAAAAGUUAUAGCACGUAAUGAACAAUAUUUAAAAGCAUUUCAUUUGUAUUCUAACAAAACUGAUGAACGCAUCGAAGAUGAUACACUGGCGGUGAAAUAUGAAGAUGGCAGAUGGUCGAAACCGUACUACGACUGUGGCGGUGGCAACAUUUGGAUGUUGACAUACACUGUGCCCUUUUUUGGUUACGAAAAUUCAACCUAUCAUUUUAAGUAA